AUGAGCUCGUUCAGCCAAUCCACUUCGCGAUUCAGCAUCGACGAAUCUGGGGUUGGGCUCCUCAGCGAGAAAUAUGACUUCGCCUCCGAUGAACACACCACUCGAAUUGCUCCUUCGCUAAAGAGCUGCAUGUCUAGCAAGCUCGUCAUCACCUCGCCUUGCUUGCUACUUCGAUACUUUGCCCGAUCACUGAGUCAACUGUUCUUUCUACUCCUCCCCAGCUUUCUUCAUCCGCGACACCAAAAUGGCCGGAACAAAGCCGAUAAACUCCCGCCCACAGCGUUCCUCGACGGCAUGCGAGGCCUAGCCGCCUUCGUUGUUUUCAUCUGCCACCUGACAUAUGGCUCAUUCGACAUCGGCCAUGCAUGGGGCGCCGACCCAGACUCCGACUCUGAAUCUCGACCUCACAACCAGUCUACAUACCGAAACUUCCUCCGCCUCCCUAUCGUCCGCCUUUUAUAUUCCGGACCACCGAUGGUCGCCAUCUUCUUCGUUAUUUCUGGCUACGCGUUAAGCUACAAACCUCUCAAGUUGAUGCGCUCACAACAACACGAACAACUGAUGACGACGAUGAGCUCGUCCGUCUUCCGCCGCGGAUUACGACUCUUCUUGCCUUGUUUCGCUUCUACCUUUCUCGUUAUCUGUUUGGCGCAGCUCAACCUGUACACAAUCACCGAGGACUUUGCGGGGCAGAUGCGUGCUAUCCCGGAAGAUCAUUGCUACACCCAGCCGGAUCCAUGGUUGCAGUUCACGGACUGGCUGCAGCAGAUGCUCAUCUUCGUGAAUGUGUUUGACUGGUCUUUAUUUGCGGGUUCAGUGGAACUAGAUAGGCACCUCUGGACUAUACCCGUGGAGUUUCGUUGCAGUCUGGCUCUUUUCUUGACACAAAUGAUGGUGGCAAGGAUGUCGACCGGGCUCCGAAUGACCACAUUUGUGGGACUAAUGACAUGGGGAGUGUCUCAGGACCGAUGGGACCUGUGGCCGUUUUGGGCGGGGGCAGUGAUUGCAGAGUUGGACAUCAUUCGGACCGCAAAGACGUUGGGCUCAUCCUCCUUGUCUUCCACGACUCAACCUCUAAAACCGAAAUUCUUGACUAAAUUUCUUUGCACGUUAAUGAUCGUCAUCUCGCUCUUUCUCCUCUCCUACCCCGAUGCUGCCGGCCAUGCUACGCCCGGCUACACCAGCUUAACACCGCUCAUUCCCUCGAAAUUUACCGAGAAGCACCGAUUUUGGCCAACAAUUGGCGCGAUUAUGAUCGUCUGGACCACAUGCCAUUUAGAUUUUCUACGAAAAGACGUUUUCUGCUGGAGUCCGAUACAAUACUUGGGUAAGAUCAGUUUUCCAUUAUACGUCGUGCAUGGACCUAUUAUUCAUACUCUGGGAUACAUGACCCUCCCUCGCACUCCUGAGGUGGAAACGCCGGAGAUCAUGCACCAAUUCGAGCUCGACUUCCUCAAGGCUUCGGUUGUGAUUGUUAUAACGGUCAUCUGGGUCGCCGAUGUAUUUCUUCGAAUUGUCGAUACACCAUGCGUUAACUUGGCCAGGAGGCUUGAGCAAAGAUUUUUGAAAUAUUGA